AUGAAUGCAAAUUGGAUAUCACAACUUGAAAAUUUACUAGGAGAGAAAAAUACAAAAAAAAAUUGUGAAGCAAAUGGAAUAAAGUUUCCAAAAAUCAAAAACGAAGUGCAAAAUGAGAUCAAUUACAAACAGAAGGAUUACCAUAAUUUAACUAGCUACAACAUAAAAAAAGAAAUUAUAAAUAAUUAUCAAAAAGAAAAUAUAAAUAGAUUAUAUAGUUGGCAAAAGGAAUGCUUGUGUGAACUAAAGAAAGUAAAAUGGGAGGAACGUGAAAACUUUUUAUUCGUAGCGCAGACUUCUGGAGGUAAAACAUUAGUAGCUGAAAUCUUUGCUUUUGAGGAAAUCAAAAAAACAGAAAAGAUAUUUUUCUUAUUCCCAUUAAAUUCAUUGAUCAAUGAAAAAUUGGAAUAUUUUAAAAAAAUUUGUAAGGGUACAGAUAUUCAAAUAGGUAGCGAAUUUGAUCAAAACGAUAUUAUUUUAUGUACAUAUGAAAAAUUUAAUAAUUAUUUAAAUAAAAAUAAAUUGAAGUAUACAGCAGAAGAUAUCAAUUCACGAGCCUAUGAACAUAUUUCUCAAAAAGAUUAUAAUUAUGAUAAUGAAGACAAAAAAUACAUAGUCAUAAUUGAUGAAUUUCAUCUUAUAAGUGAAAAAGGAAGAGGAAUUUAUAUUGAAAAUAUAAUUUCAAAAAGUUUAUAUUUGAAUAAAAAAAAACCUCGAAUAAAAAUUAUAUGCAUGAGUGCAACAUUAAAUAAUAUGCACAAAUUGAAAAAAUGGUUAAAUGCUAAAAUAUACAUAUCAUCUUAUCGUCCCCAAGUAGUUAGUGAGCAUUAUGUGUGUAAUUAUGAUAUUUAUAAAAAAGGACCCGAAUUUGAUUAUUAUUAUCUUAACAAUAUGUAUGAUUUUUGUACAUCAUAUGAAAAUAAAAAAGAUAAUAAGUCCCCAUCAUAUUGUUAUAAGAGAGAUACAAUUAAUUAUAAAGUUGAGAAAGCAAUACUCCAUGAUAUUGAUUGUGUAACACCACGACGAAAUUGUUAUGAAACUCCGAUCAAAUAUGGUUAUGAAACGAAAAUAAAUGCUCAAUCUGAACUUUUCAAGAAUAAAAUUUAUAAUUUUUUACAACAAAAGAACCAAUCAUUAAACAAUGAUUUAAUUCAAACAAUCUUAUGUUUUUCUUAUCAUAGUUUAGUGAAAAAUAUAAAUACAUUAAUAUUUUGUUCUACAAAAAGAAACUGUGAAAUUUACAUAAAUUUAAUAAAUCAAUUUAUUAGUGCAUUAUCUAUUGAUAAUGUUCCAGAAAAUAUAAAAAUAAAACGACAGAAAUUAAAUGAGAAAAUACUUCAUAUUGAUAAAUAUGCAUAUGAAAAGAUGAAUAAAUUGAUAACUAAUGGGAUAUGUUAUUAUUAUAGUGAUAUUGGAAAUUCUAUAAAACGUUUAUUAGAACAUUUUUAUAAAGAGAAAGUAUUAUUUUUAUUAACCUGCACAUCAACAUUAGCUAUUGGGCUAAAUUUAUUAGUAGACAGGGUUUUAAUAGCAUCACCAUUUAUUGCACAAAACUUUUUAACUAUAACACAAUAUAAACAAAUGAUUGGUAGAGCAGCUAGAUUAAAAGAAGGAGAUUCAUUUUUGAUUGUUGAAAAAAAAUAUGAGAAAAAAAUAUUAGAAUUGUUUAAAGAAAAUGUAACUAAUAUAAAAAGUACGAUGAAUAAUGGAUCCCAAGAAGAAAUAGAAAAAUAUAUAAUUGAAUUUCUUUGUUUAGUAGAUCAGCCAAUAACAUUUCAUGAUAUAAUUUCUUUAUUUUCAUAUUCCUUAUGUUUUGUUGAGCUUACAUUUAGCGAUAAUGAAAUAAACGAAAAUUAUAUAACAAAUGAAAAUGAUACAAUUUUGGACAAUAUUGCAUAUAUAUACCAUUUUGGUAACAAUAAUAUAAAUACUUUUUAUAAAGAGCUAGAUAUGUAUUGUAAUGACAAUUCUUGGGUUGGUAAGGAAAUAGCAAGUGUUAGUUCUAUAAAACAUUGUGAUAAAAAUGAACUAAUGCAAAUAAAAUACGAGGAUUCUCCAUAUCAUAUUAGUAGCACAACACCGAGAAAGAUUAAUCAAAAAAGAGGCGAAAAAUAUACAAAUACAACAAAUAUAUCAUUACAUAAUUUACUACAAUUGGACCUGCACAUGUUCACGCAAAAUGAAUUAUUAUUUUAUGAAAAGACAAAAAAAGAGAUUAACAUGGCGAUAAAUAAUUUAAUAAAACAUAAAUGUAUCGAAAUAAUAAACCAUAAAAAAAUAAAAGCUACAAGAUUGUGUAGGUCUUUAUGUAUAAGUAAUUUUACAGUAACAUAUGGUAUAGAUUUAUUAAAUGAAAUAAAAAGUUACGACAAAAUACAUACUUAUAAUAAUAAAUUUCAUUUAUGUUAUAUAUGUUCAUGUCAUAAUUUAAACAUUGCAGGGUUUAUAUAUUAUUUACCCUUUUUAAAAAAUCUAAUAUCAAUUAUAUCAUUUGAUAAUUAUACUAAAUAUAUAAUUUUUGAAAUAUUAAAAUUUGAUAAUGAUAUAAUAAAUAUGUUAAAUUUAAAGAAUCAAAAUAUUUCGCAUGACCAAAAAAAAAAAAAAUUUUUUUCUGAUGACCUUGUUCAGAAAAAAUAUAACAAAUUAUAUUUGGCUAUUUUAUUAUUUUUAUAUUUACAAGGAGCUAAUAUAUCUACUAUAUGUACCAUUUUUAAAAUACCAAAAGAUGUUUUAAAAUCGAUUUUACAGAAUACAUAUAUUCAUAUACAUAUCCUAAUUGCUUUCUUUGAUGAACUUGAUGAAUGGAUAAUAUCAUGUCUUUUAAAAAAGUUUCUUCAGAAUUUUAAAAAUAUAAAAUCGGCUUCAGAAAAUAAUAGUGACGAAUUUUUUCAAGUUGCAGAAUUUUCUUAUUCAAAAUAUUAUUCAAAAAAGAGGAAGAAGGAAAAGAACACGCAAUGGCGUAAAUAA